AUGGCUAGCGGCAGCGCCGGGCAGCCCACCGGCGAGGCGGCUCCCCCGGCUCCCGCGAGCGCCGGCGGCGGGACCGGCUCGCAGCCGCGGAGGAGGCUGGUGUCCGUGUGCGACCACUGCAAGGCCAAGAUGCAGCUGGUGGCCGACCUGCUGCUGCUGUCCAGCGAGGCGCGGCCCGUGCUCUUCGAGGGCCCCGCCUCCGCCGAGUCCUUCGAGCAGUGCCGGGACACCAUCAUCGCGCGCACCAAGGGCCUCUCCAUCCUCACGCACGACGUGCAGAGCCAGCUCAACAUGGGCCGCUUCGGGGAGGCGGGGGACAGCCUGGUGGAGCUGGGCGACCUGGUGGUGUCGCUGACCGAGUGCUCCGCCCACGCGGCCUACCUGGCGGCCGUGGCCACGCCGGGCGCGCAGCCCGCGCAGCCGGGCCUCGUGGACCGCUACCGGGUGACCCGCUGCCGCCACGAGGUGGAGCAGGGCUGCGCCGUGCUGCGGGCCACCCCGCUGGCCGACCUGACGCCGCAGCUGCUGCUGGACGUGUCGCAGGGGCUGUCGCGCAACCUCAAGUUCCUGACGGACGCGUGCGCCCUGGCCAGCGACAAGUCCCGGGACCGGUUUUCGCGCGAGCAGUUCAAGCUGAGCGUCAAGUGCAUGAGCACCAGCGCCUCGGCGCUGCUGGCCUGCGUGCGCGAGGUCAAGGCGGCGCCCAGCGAGCUGGCCCGCGGCCGCUGCGCGCUCUUCAGCGGGCCCCUGGUGCAGGCCGUGAGCGCGCUGGUGGGCUUCGCCACGGAGCCGCAGUUCCUGGGUCGCGCGGCGGCCGUGAGCGCCGAGGGCAAGGCGGUGCAGACGGCCAUCCUGGGCGGCGCCAUGAGCGUGGUGUCGGCCUGCGUGCUCCUGACCCAGUGCCUCAGGGAUCUGGCGCAGCACCCCGACGGGGGCGCCAAGAUGUCGGACCACAGGGAGAGGCUGAGGAACUCGGCCUGCGCCGUGUCUGAAGGCUGCACCCUGCUAUCUCAGGCUUUAAGGGAGAGGUCUUCGCCCCGGACUUUGCCGCCAGUGAAUUCCAAUUCUGUGAAUUAGCCCUGUCCCGCCCCCCCCAGCGGAGCAAGUACUUACUCUCGCCCCUCGCCAUGUAUACCAAAGAAACCACAGGUGAAGCCCCGGUGCCCUCCGCGUCCGAUGCACGAGAGGAAUCUUCCAGAAGGCAGGACGACGCCUACCAUUCAGGGGCCGCCGGAGGCCCGCCGGACCGUGGUGGCUGUGCCCCCUCCCUGCGGCCCUUCUUCCAGAACUCCCGCUGGACGUGCCACCCCGGGGCCGGAAGGAGGAGGUGGCGGGCCCUCUUCUCGGUCUUUCUGUUUUCUAAUGAAAAGAAAGGUUACCUCAGUUCUCGCUCCCUAGACGCGGGGCGGCCUUGGCUCCGGGCAGCGGCCAGCCGGCGGAGGCGCAUGGAGGGAGCCGGCCCUGCCGUGUGAUUUGCAAACAGGAAAGCUACUGUGAGUGUGUGUCCUAGUUCUAAUUUACACCAUAGAGUGGUUCCCGUGUUGAGUUUUUACCUUGCAUGUACUGGAGUAUUUAUUUCAUCUAUUAAAACGUUAUGUUUCUCAGAUGGCUUCGGGCAGUUACUGUGGAUCCUCAGUGGGUCUAGGGGCCUCCCGGCCUCUCCAGAGGCCCCGGAAGUUCCCCCGGAGCAGCAGGGGUCCCCGCGAGGCGCCUUUGUGGAGCGCGGGGCCGGGAGCGAGCUCCUCGGUGGGCGCACCGGUGCCUGAGCCGUGACCCGGGAAGCUGGCGCGGCCGCCCUUGGCUUUGUCCAGCCCAGUUUCUCCUGGAAAGCGAAACCGGCCAGGGAAGGGGCUUCCUCUUCCCGGUGUGCCGGCCCCCGCUCUGCGCCCGGAGCUGCGGGCACUGGCUGCUCUGUCCGGCCGCCACUGUGGCUGGGUCCGUUCAGACCAGCCGGGGACUGAUUCUGGAGGCGCGAGGUCGAGACAAGGGUGGGGUGGCCGGGGGGGCCGCGCAUGAUGGCAGGCUCCGGCCUGUGCUGGGGCCUCGGCCGUGUGCUGCGUCCUUGGACGUUUGCAGCUACGUCAGUCUUUCCUGCAGGCAUUUUCAGGAGGUUUCUUUGGGGUGUGUGGUUUCCUGGGCCUCAGGCUGAGAGCUCCCCCAAACCCCAGUGCUGCCCUGGGGGCUAGGUGGGUUUUGCCUGGGCUCAGCGCCCCGUGUUCCUGGGGUUUGAGGUGCUGGGUCUUUGCGUCCCCACAGAUCUGAAAGAUUCCUCCCUGCAGUAUGUUAUCGAGAAGGUGCCGCCGAGCAGCUGUGUCCGUCCCCAGGAGGCCGUGCUCCGCGGGCGGGCCGGGGCCAGGGCUGUCUCUUGUCUCUGAGGUUUUUUUGGAAGCCUGAGGUUAAACGUCUUAAACUUUAAUUAAAAACUUUUAAAGUCUUAAAGUGGUAGGUCCUUAUGUUUACCGAAAGUGGCCAGGGACGCUCUUACUUUUUCCUCUCAAGUCACAGUAGAUUAAACAUUUAAGUCUUUUAAGGAAGAAAGUGGCCUUGGGAAUGUUUGUUCCCCGUCCUUGGAGGUGUAGGCCAGCGGGGGCGGGCGUG